UCGACAUUACCGCUUGAUGUCAGUAUGACGUUGGCUUUUGACAUCAACCUGCUGUUACAUCUGGACGUCAGUCUGACGUUCGUUUGUGAGGUCAACCCAACGUUACAUCUUGAAAAACAUUGGGUUUUGACAUCAGGCUGACGUUACAUCUGUAUGUCAGGCCAACGUUGGGUUUUGAUGUUAACCUUACAUUACAGCUUGUAGUCAGUAUGACGUUGGUUUUUGACGUCAAACCGAUAUUACAUCUGGACUUCAGGCCAAUGUUGUUUUUUGGCAUCAACCCAACGUUACAUCUGGACGUCAGGCCAACGUUGUUUUUUGACGUCAACAUGACAUUACAUUUGUACAUUAGGCCGACGUUACAUCUGUACGUCAGGCCGACGUUGGGUUUUGAUGUUAACCUGACAUUACAGCCUGACGUCGGUAUGAUGUUGGUUUUUGACGUCAACCCAAUAUUACAUCUGGACCCGAUACUACAUUUUAUGUCAACUUGACGUUACAUCUGGACAUCAGGCUGACGUUGGGUUCAGCUUUUGACGUCAACCCAAUGUUACAUCUGGAGGUCAGUCCAACGUUCGUUUUUUAAGGCAACCCGGCGGUACAGCAUUACAUUAGGCUUUGUGGAUCCUUGAUAAAUCUGGCAAGAAGUCUGGCUCUUCAGUCAUAUAGAAAACAAAUGUAAUGUAGAACAUAUAAACAAUAAAUAAUAAAUAUAAAUGUGUUUUAUUAUGCAGAAUUCAGUUUAGAUUUAAAAGUGUGCAUUUCACUUUAGAUUUCCUGCUGUAGAUGCACAUGUAGUGAUUUAUGCAUGAGGAGGAUGAUGUGAAUUUCAGACUGUUGGCUAUGAAUCCAGAUUUGUAAAAGGGAUGAAAGAACAACAUCCAGGAAAAAUCAGAAAAAAACAGGAAAGAGAGAGUCCAGGGACACAUGACUCCUCCCUCAGUGUUAGUGAAAACAUUCCAGCCAAAUGAGAAAGCCAGCGAAUUUGAAACCCUGGAAGUCCCUGUUACUGGUCCCUUCUCAUUGUGAGCACACACAUGAACUCUCCAGAUCCAGCUGCUUCACCUCAGCCUCUCAGAGUUCUGAAUGUACUUUGAUUUUGUGGAGUACCUAAAAGUGUUUCUUGUCCAAAGCUACCAUGAAAGCAAUCAUCUUCUUCAUUCUCUUCACCAUUUUGACUCCGUGUUCCAGAGGCCAGUACCACUACCAGGGCCUGAUGAACUACCUGGAAAACAGGAUGAUUGCUAUGGAGGAACGUAUUGCCCUGUGGCAUGAACAAAACAACCGCUACAAUGCAGACCUGAGUGAAUUUAGGCAGCAAUCCACAGAUCUGUUAGAGAAGCUGGCCAAGGAGUACAAUAAAGUGCGAUUGGACAUGGAGGGAGCAGGAGCACGGGUGGACCGAGUGGAACGAGAGAUGGACUACAUCGAAACCAAGAAUCCUCCAAAGCCUUGUGUUAAAGCAGCAGACAAAAUGGUAGAACAGGACGUGGUUGUCAAAGAGAGGAACAAGGACGAGUUUUUUGAGGUUUCUGUGUGCGUUAACCUUGUAUCCAGUAUUCGAGCGAUGAAGAUUCUUAAAAGGCUCGGGAGUCCCAAAGGUGUGUGGACCAAAGAUGCCAGGUCAGCAAAAGUCUAUGUCUUCAACAGCACGUCUGAUAACACCCUAUAUGAAUUCAACUCAGUGCGAGAGCUUUCAGCAUCAUCAGAAAUGUCUAAAAGCAGGCAAAUCACCCUGCCGUCUGCCUGGAACGGGACUGGGCAUGCAGUAUUCGAUGGCUUUCUCUACUAUAUCAGCGAGAGCUCAGAGCUUCGAGUUAUUAAAUAUGACCUUAAAAAUGGUACGGUUGCAGACAGCGCAGUUUUUCCCAUUGAAGAUAACAGCCCGGUGUACAACCUUAAUCCAGAGACUCUGGUGGACCUAAUAGCAGAUGAGGAUGGGCUGUGGGCCCUGUAUUCUUCUGGGGAUACCAUAAAUCUAGCUAAGAUGGACUCCAACUCUCUGGACAUAGAGCAGAUGUGGGACACGGCAUGCCCGAGAAGCAACGCCGAAGCGGCUUUUAUUGUCUGCGGCACAGUCUAUGUGGUUUAUAACACCAAGCCACCGAGUCGCUCACGUGUGCAGUGUGUAUUUGAUGUGAAUGAUAUGGUAAGCAGCGGCGAAGCCCCUCUGGUUUAUUUCCCCAGGCGUUACGGCACUCAUUCCAGCCUAAAAUACAAUCCUGAGGAGCGACAGCUUUAUGCCUGGGAUGAUGGCUACCAAAUAAUUUAUAAGUUAGCGCUGAAGAAGAAGCUGUGGGCAAUAAUGCCACCUCCCGAAGAAUAGAAAGUGUGCUUUUGGAGCCCAUAAAGGGCUUUAAAACUCUGGCUAUAAAAAAGUUGUUUUCUUCAACUUUAUUGGUACACAGAGGUUUUGCUACAGUUGCACAUUUUAUAACAAAAAAUGUAUAUAUGAGACAAUAUGCAGUUUUCUGAUUGUUGACUCAGUGAUUGUUGGGAAUGGGAAUUCAUAAAAGCGAAUCGAUCCUUGAAAUGACUGAACCAAUGUUUUAUUUUGGCAUUUUUGAAAUACAAGAACCUCUUUAAACAUUACAAUUUAUAUUGCAAGUACAAAUGAUCAAUACAAAAUUAGAAAGUUGUUCGAUUCACAAGGGAGAAGAAACAGGUUGUUAAAACACAGCACACAAGAUUUAGCGAUGAGGUAAAUAACCAGUUUAUAUUUCUAAACCUUAUUGUAUAUUAUUCACUUACAGAAACACACUCUAUAUUAUUUGAGUAUUACAACAUAUUAAUAUUGUAUAAACAGGUAAGACCAAAAAAGUUGUACGUUGUCACAACCAUUUCCUCAACAAGUUAACUGGUAUUUUCAAAGAUUCUGUUAAAAUAUUAAAUCUAUUUUACUAUAUAGAAAUAUUUAAAACUUAACAAUUAUCCUGUGAGAUGGAGGACAUUGUCUAAAACUAGCCCCGAGUGCCAUAUAUGUUUCAAGAUAUUUCAACACCUCAGCUGGAUAUGAGUGAAAAGUCAUUGUUCUGAAAUCUUGAGCUGUAUACCCAAGCAGCAGGACUGCUGCCUCAGUUAACAAUAAACUUCCUGCAUAGAAGAUUCACUUUAUCGGGA